AGAGGGGGCGGGGUGAAGGAAGAGGAGGCGGGAUCCGGGCGCUGCGUUGGCUGCGGCCUGGCACCAAGGGGGCGGCCCCGACAGAGAGCAGACCCAGCGGCCCCCGGCGAUUAUGGACCCUGCUGAGGCGGUGCUGCAGGAGAAAGCGCUCAAGUUUAUGAAUUCCUCUGAGAGAGAAGACUGUAAUAAUGGCGAACCCCCUAGGAAGAUAAUACCAGAGAAGAAUUCACUUAGACAGACUUACAACAGCUGUGCCAGACUCUGCUUAAACCAGGAAACAGUAUGCCUAGCAAGUACUGCUAUGAAGACUGAAAAUUGUGUGGCCAAAACAAAACUUGCCAAUGGCACUUCCAGUAUGAUUGUGCCCAAGCAACGGAAACUCUCAGCAAGCUAUGAGAAGGAAAAGGAACUGUGUGUCAAAUAUUUCGAACAGUGGUCAGAGUCUGAUCAAGUAGAAUUUGUGGAACAUCUUAUAUCCCAAAUGUGUCAUUACCAACAUGGGCAUAUAAACUCAUAUCUUAAACCUAUGUUGCAGAGGGAUUUCAUAACUGCUCUGCCAGCUCGAGGUUUGGAUCACAUUGCUGAGAACAUUCUGUCAUACCUGGAUGCCAAAUCACUAUGUGCUGCUGAACUUGUGUGCAAGGAAUGGUACCGAGUGACAUCUGAUGGCAUGUUAUGGAAGAAGCUCAUUGAGAGAAUGGUCAGGACGGAUUCUCUAUGGAGAGGCCUGGCAGAACGAAGAGGAUGGGGACAGUAUUUAUUCAAAAAUAAACCUCCGGAUGGGACUGCUCCUCCCAACUCAUUUUAUAGAGCACUUUAUCCUAAAAUUAUACGAGACAUUGAGACAAUAGAAUCUAAUUGGAGAUGUGGAAGACAUAGUUUACAGAGAAUCCAUUGCCGAAGUGAAACAAGCAAAGGAGUUUACUGUUUACAGUAUGAUGAUCAGAAGAUUGUAAGCGGCCUUCGAGACAACACAAUCAAGAUCUGGGAUAAAAGCACAUUGGAAUGCAAGCGAAUUCUCACAGGCCACACAGGUUCUGUCCUGUGCCUCCAGUAUGAUGAGAGGGUGAUCAUAACUGGAUCAUCGGAUUCCACCGUCAGGGUGUGGGAUGUAAAUACAGGUGAAAUGCUAAACACACUGAUCCACCAUUGCGAAGCAGUUCUGCACUUGCGUUUCAAUAAUGGCAUGAUGGUGACCUGCUCCAAAGACCGUUCCAUUGCCGUAUGGGAUAUGGCCUCCCCAACUGACAUUACCCUCCGGAGGGUGCUGGUUGGACAUCGAGCUGCUGUCAAUGUUGUAGACUUUGAUGAUAAGUACGUUGUUUCUGCGUCUGGGGAUAGGACUAUAAAGGUAUGGAACACAAGUACUUGUGAAUUUGUAAGGACCUUAAAUGGACACAAACGAGGCAUUGCCUGUUUGCAGUACAGAGACAGGCUGGUCGUGAGUGGCUCAUCUGACAACACCAUCAGAUUGUGGGACAUAGAAUGUGGAGCAUGUUUACGAGUGUUAGAAGGCCAUGAGGAAUUGGUGCGCUGUAUUCGAUUUGAUAACAAGAGGAUAGUCAGUGGGGCCUAUGAUGGAAAAAUAAAAGUGUGGGACCUUGUGGCUGCUUUGGACCCCCGUGCUCCUGCAGGGACUCUCUGUCUACGGACCCUUGUGGAGCAUUCCGGAAGAGUUUUCCGACUCCAGUUUGAUGAAUUCCAGAUUGUCAGUAGUUCACAUGAUGACACAAUCCUCAUCUGGGACUUCCUAAAUGAUCCAGCUGCUCAAGCUGAACCCCCCCGCUCCCCUUCUCGAACAUACACCUAUAUCUCCAGAUAAAUAAUCAUACACUGACCUCAUACUUGUCCAGGACUCAUUAAAGUUGCGGUAUUUAAUGUAUCUGCCAAUGCCAGGAUGAGCAACAACAGUAACAAUCAAACUACUACCCAGUUUCCCUGGACUAGCCGAGGAGUGGAGCUUGGAGACUCCUGUUGGGACACAGUUGGUCUGCAGUCGACCCAGGACGGUCUACUCAGCACAGCUGACUGCAUCAGUGCUGCUAUCAGAAGAUGUCUUUAUCUUUUGUGAAUGAUUGGAACUUUUAAACCUCACCUCCCCCUGCUCCUUUCCCCUCUGCACCUGUUUUUCCCCACUUGGUUCCAGACAAAGAUCACCUAUAAAUAUAUUUAGUGUUUUGCCAGAAUCUCUCUUGCUUUGCCAUUAAGCAGAAGAACUAGUUUCCCUGUAUAGCCUACUGGGAGAGACUCACUUCUGGGAAGCAGGGGAUGCAACUUUAAGCCAGACAGUACCCAGUGUCUCCCUGUGAACUGCAGGAGUGUCCAGCGCCUGGCAAGAUCAGCCCAGCCAAGUCCCACCAUGCUUAGGAGGAGACAGCACUCUCUCUGUCUAGGCUCCGAGGCAAGAGAGAAAGAGAGGAAGCCAGAAUGUACACACUGGAGGAUCUGGGCCUCUUUCCUUCUUUUUCCUUCUCAGUGUCUGCCCCUCUUCUCCCUCCCUUCUUCAGCCUGCUUCUCUGCACCACUCAAAAAGAAAGUAUGUGAAGAGAAUGUCUUCAGUUAGCAUGAGGCAGAUCAGCUAGAACAUGCAACACUUUUUGGAAGAGUUAAAUGCAGUUCAGGCAAAAUUUCAAAUCCAGGCUUUUGCUGCAAGUGACCCUAUGUGGCAACAGUGGAUUCUUGGACAUGGUAUUCUCAUCAUAUCUGUAAUUCUUCUCUCGUCUCUCCCCCGCCAAAAAAAAAGGGGGCAGAAAUUUCCUGGGCUCCAUCAAUGGCUGCAUCUUUUCUGGACUCAGCAGUCUCCACGAUUCCAUGUAGAGUGUGGAAAGGAGUUGCUGAUUACAUUUCCUCUCAUUAACAAUUAGAUGUGUAAUAAAAAGCGUUGUACUUCAUCUUAAAUCAUGGGUGAGGCUCAGCCUACACAAAGGUUUAAAAUGGCCAGGGCCAAUCCCUCGGUGCAUUUUGCUUAAUGGGUCACGUCUCUGAUUUCCUUAUCAACGCAUGUGAGCAUCCAAUCGCUCACAUCUUUGCCAAGACCACGCUUAAGGGAUGGUCGGGAGUAAAAGCUGAUUUUUUUCACUUAAACGAGUAAUAGCAUCUCACAAAAAUCAAUCUAUCCAUCUCAACCUUGAUCUGCACAAUCUUCCUUCUGCUUUUCCCAGACCCAGUAUUUACAAAAGGGCAAAGCUGCCAGAAAGAGAUCAGGAUGAAGUUUGGCACACAGGGUUUAUUAAUGGGUCAGAAACUGCCUUGUCUUUUCUUCCUCUUCCCUGGCCUUAUUUUGCUCUCCAUCCUCCCCAGCCAAUACAAUUUCUCUGCAGUUGAUGAGCAUCAUCAACAAAUGGACCUCAGCAAUGGCCAAGCUGACAUGGCCACUUGGAAGGCAGCUGUAUGGGCUUCCAAACCAGCCGGCUUCAGGUGCGAGGGCAUAUUUGCCACACCAACCUGGGAGUACAGAGUUAAUCUGUUAGCGUGUGCCCAGCUUGUUCCCGGGGGGAAUGAGUGGGCCUACAGGAGCCAUCUUAUGUGGCAUGGGCACACCCAUCAAAGGCCCCAAGGCCACAGUGCAGUCUCAAGUUUCCCUUGGAAGUGGAGCAGUCAGGCCCAUUGUGUCCAUUCCUAAUCAAAGCAGUCAAGUAAAAGGAAGACACUAUUUAAUCAGCUGCUGUAAAAACAACAGAAUGGGAGCCAGUUGCCGGUGACCUCAAAGCCAGGCCACCUUUAGUUCAGCAGAGGGAGAGGGGAGAGAAAAGCAUCUUCACUUUUCCCUCUGAUUUGCAAGAAGGUAUCGUCUUUUCCAGACUGAAUGUUAUUACAUAUGGAGGGACAGGUUAUGCAUAUGCAUUUUUCCUUACUUGUUUUAUGAGUACUUUUGAGCUUUCAGUUGCAGAUUAUAUUCAUCAGAUAUUUCCCAGUGUAAUGGCAUGCCUUUGCUUGGGAAAUACUUUGUGAAUAUAAUCGCCUUCCUUACUACCCAAAUACUACAGAGCAAUGCUUGCUAUUUAGCCACUAUCAGAGUUCCUCGUCUAUUGUGUUGACUAUUAAUGGCCUUUUGAUUCAUUAAGGAUUUUGCUACAGAUGAUGGCAGGAGACUGUCAGUCCUAAGGAACACACAGGUCAUACAUGAAAAAGACAUGGGUUUCUACCUGUUUCAGAAUAUUCAAAGUAUUUCUAAUAGCCAUAACUUUACUAGCCCUUCUGCUAUAUGCUGCUAUUCAAAAGUGGGAGCUGUUGAAUUUUCACUGGUGCCCAGGGUAUGGCUGUCCCAUCGAGGUUCAGUUGACGGUGUAUUGUUUCUAAGACUGUUUUGAAGCUUGUCCAGUGCAUCAUAAAUGAGAUUGAGGGUGGGCCCUGCAGAUCUGGAGCCAUCAGCUCAGUUGGGGAUAGUCUACAAGUUGUCCUCUCUGCUGUUGAUGAAGAUGGGAAUGAAGUUAAGUGGUCUGAAAAACUUGAAUCGUUCACAUUUCUCAGCUCUGGGGGUCAUUUACCAGUUCCUUGUAGAAGAAGUAAUCAGGUAAGUAGAAGUUCAUUUCCAGAGGAGGUAAACCCCACUUAACAUCUCUGCAUGAUUUCAGUGGGAAUUGAUUAUCACUAAUCCCCAACUGGGCUAGAAUAAAUGUAAAGUUUGACCUUUUUAAGAAGAAAAAGUCUUAACACGUUUAAAGGAAUAGUAGAAAAGGAGCUGAAGGUGUCCCUUGGCUCUGAAAUGAAGUCUCCUUUGUAGAUUAGUCUCUUUCACUAAAAGUUUGCUUUCCAAUGUGGUGCCUGACAGACCUUUCUUACAGAUGGAAUGAAACCCUUCAAAAGCAGGUGAGGUGCACGUGCAUGCACCAGUCCCUGUCAUGGGCACGUGUGACCCUUCGGUUCACACUGGAGCUGCUCAGACACAAAGAGCAUGCCUUGCCACACAUGUAUAUUUUUACGGCUAAGAACAUCCUUAUACUUUCUUAGAUGCAAUUUGAAAGUGAACAUGACCUGUGAAUGGAGGGGGCCUUCUAUACUUGUUCCUUGGCAAAAUUCUUUCAGGUGACUCCUAACUUCAGAGACAGGGGCUGUCUUUGGUACCCUAUUGACAAGUAAUAAAGUCUGGCUGUCAUAACUAUAACUUGUUUCUAAACUGGAAAAGACCCUGAGACCCUGAAAUCACUCUGUUUUUUGCUUGAGUAAGAAAAAUCCUUUUUAUUUUCCUUUUGUACAAUCAAAAGCUGAAGAGAAGAAAACACGCACUUCGUUCCCUUGCCGUCUCCUGGUACCCAUUGGUCUGAACAGCUGCGGUUGGGCUACUUCCUUAUUUAGCACUUGAUUGUGUACAGAAACAAAGGGCUUGGGAUGAAGGGGGAGGUGGGGAAUACUGGAAAUAAUUAAGAUUGUUUUUUGUUUCCUAGAGUUGGAUUAGACACGUGGUAUUGUUGACCUUCUUAGCAUCUUCGUUUGCCUUAGAUGGUAGUACUUUCCUGCCUAAAGUGGAAACAGUUCAAACCAGCAUAGUGUAGGCCUGAGGGGUUGGGCUGCAAGCUUGAUUUUGGAGGAAUUCAAGGUACUUAUAGGUGGAACAGCAGAUGCUCAGGUACCCACUCCCUGUGACCACCAUAUUCUUUGACCAUCAGGUUUACCAUAUGACUUUGAUCCACAUUUCUCAUCUCUUUCCCCAUUUGUUUGAGCUCAACAGACUUUGCAGGAGCUGGAGAACAUGAAAAGGUGCCCUUGCUUCUCCUUGCUUUCCUCCCUUCCCUACUGUAAUAGCUCUCCUCCCUAAGAAGUCCACCCAAAGACCACAGGCGGGGUUAAUCUCCCUGGGCUUCCCCUACACAGCUGACUGCUGACACUAGAGCCCCUUGCUUUAACUACAGUCUCAACAUAAUCAGUGCUGGAAAGACAGCACCCUUAGGGGAAAUCAAGCUGAGUUUUGCUUUUGUUAUCUUUACCUGUAGUUCAUUUGUGACUUCAGAAUCCUUGGAGCUGAGGAGAGAAACCAAAAAAAGCAUGAUUAUGCCUACCUGAUUCAAGGUGGAACUUAAUGCAUUGAUAUCUAGAAACCCCUUCUUUUGGAAGUUGUGUACCUGUAAUGUAAAAAGCCCUGGAGGCAGAUGACACCUGAAAUACAUGCUUUCCAGCCAACUCAGCUGACUCUCUUAGCUCCUAAAUGGGUGUGUGUGUGUGUGUGGUGUGUGUGUGUGUAAGGAUCAGUGUAGUAAAUGGCAUUAUAAAGUGUUAACUCCCCUUCUACCCCUUUCCUUUUUGGGGCACUGGAGGAAAAGACCAUCUACGGGGGGUUAGACCUCUGGGUACUAAGGAAACUAACAAGUCAGUGAACACUCAAGCCCAACCCAGACUGAUCUGGGAGAUGUUCUGUUGACUCCAGCUAUGGGGGUGGGCCCGGCAGCAAAGAUGAGCUUCCCAGAGAGCUUUUGGUUGGUUCAGCUCUUUGUUCUCUUGACCCUUAAGUACUGACUGCUUUGAUUUCUGUGAUUAUGUUAUGUGAUGUGUAGUCAAUGUACCAAUAUGUUCACAACCUAGGAUCAUGGUAAUAAUAGUGUUUUUGGUUUUUUUAACUGUUCAGAAAAAAGUAACUUAAAUUACAAAUAUCAGAUUAAACUGAAUUUUCUAAGUGUCUUGUCUCUUUACCCCAGUAUCAAAGGAGAAUGAGUGUUGUAAAUAUGCAGAUUGAGAGAGUGCACACCAACUGCUCUGCUGGAGAAAGAGACCUGGCGAUUUGCUCCCGUAAAGAUUACAACCGAGGUGGUUCUACUCUGUCCUUUAGGGUCGCUAUGAGUCAGAAUCAACUCGACAGCACAUAACAGGAACAGAUUUAAUACUUUCAAGAUAAACUGCAUGGAGAAAACAACUUUGAGAUAAAU